AUGGAAGAUGGACUGUUCCAUGUUCCGGAAGAGAAUGCAGGCAUAGCUGGGGCCCAUGGCUACACCUUUGAUCUGAAUUUGAAGGAGAAGUUCUUGAGGUCCAAUGAGUGGAGGAUCUCCAGCACAUCAACCACUCUCAUUACUGCCAUUUGGAUCUACGAUGGACUCUGGAAGGCAUGUACUCAAAAUGCUAUGGGGGUAGAACAGUGUAUCUACUACAAUUCUCUGCUCGCCUUACACCCACAUGUCCAAGCAUGUCGGGCACUCAUGAUCAUCGCCAUCGUUCUGGGAGUUUUUGGUACACUGAUAGCUCUGUUUGGCAUGAAAUGUAUCAAUAUUGGGAGCACGGAUGAGAAAACUAAAGGAAAGAUAGCCCUUUCUGGUGGUCUUGUCUUCAUUCUAUCAGGUAUUUGUGGAAUGGUUCCCAUUUCUUGGUAUGCUCACAGCAUCGUUACGGGGUUCUACAAUCCUGUCUACGCUGGAACAAAAUAUGAGCUGGGAUCUGCUCUCUACAUUGGGUGGGCUGGAGCAUGUCUCCUCAUCUUGGGAGGUGCAUUCUUGUGUUGUUCUUGUAAAAGAAAUGUGCAACCAAGUGGCUACAAAUAUUCUUCUGCCCAAAGUGGACAACGGAUCUACACAAAGACAGAGUCAGCUCAUUCAAAAGCUUACGUCUAA